CCCUCCCCCUGCUUCAGAAUGCCGCCCAGGCACCUCCUUCCGGCCGCCGCAGCCCUUGUCCUGCCAGUGUGCCUGUUGUGGGAGCUGCCGGCCGCAAAGGGCUACAUCCAUGCGGUGUCAGACCACAACACCAGCAUGGAGUUCUCUGAUCUGCCGGCCAUUUUCGGGUACCCGCUGCCCCAUGAAGGACUCGUGGGCCUCCUGGUGGAAGCCAGGCCAGCCAACGCCUGCCUACCGCUUGAGGUGCCUCCGUCCAACAGCAGCGUCUUCAUCGCCCUUGUCCGGCGGUACAACUGCAGCUUUGAUGUCAAGGUCUACCACGCCCAGCAGGCUGGGUUCCUGGGAGUCAUUGUGCACAACGUUGGCUCUGAUGAUCUGCUCAACAUGGUUUGGGAGGACGAAGAGCUGCGCAGGCGCAUCACUGUCCCUUCCGUCUUCACCGGUGAAACAGCAGCCACGUACCUGCGUAGCCUCUUCACUUACGAGAGAGGGGGCCACGUGGUCCUGAUCCCGGAAUACAUCUUCCCGCUGGGCUACUACCUCAUCCCGUUCACAGGAGUGGUGGGCGUUGUGAUUGCCGUGAUGUGCACCAUCUUGAUCGUUCGUUGUAUCCAACAUCGGAAGAGGAUGCGGAAGGACCGCCUGUCCAAGGAGCAGCUGAAACAGAUCCCGGUGCACAAGUACAAGAAAGGGGACGAGUAUGACAUCUGUGCCAUCUGUCUGGAGGAGUACGAAGACGGAGACCGGCUGCGGAUCCUGCCUUGCUCUCAUGCGUACCACUGCAAGUGUGUGGAUCCCUGGCUGACCCGGACGAAGAAGACCUGUCCGGUUUGCAAGCAGCGUGUGAUCCGCUCUCCGGAGGAUUCGGACUCGGACGGCGAAGAGGGCACUGACCAAGCCGUGCCUCCCCAGGACGAGGCGGAAGCACAGGACACAGGGCAUGAGGAGGAAGAGGAGGAGGAGGACUCAGAGCGCACCCCCUUACUGGGCCCCUUGCCCAGCACAGCUGUGGGCCCCCCCUGCUUUGGCAGCAUGGCCCAGUCCCCCCCCUCCGGCCCCCAGGGCCUCCUGGCUGAGGGCGGGGAGGAGCAGCCUCCCAGCCCUUGCUUACAGAGCCAGCUGCUGGUCUAGCCUACCGCCCAGCGGUUUGUUUCCCCCCCUUCUGGGGGCAGGCAAACCCCCUCCUCUUAGCAGAGGUAUCAAAGGGUGUAGAAGAGGCCUCUACUUUCCCCCCCUCCCCCGGAGCUUCCAGGAUUUCAACUUUCCACGGCUGGUGGAAGGUCCUAGUCCUUGCACACCUCCCCGCGUGGAAUGGGGGAAAGGGGAGGACCAGUGGGCUGCUCUUCAUGCUGAGCAGGGUGGCGUCGGUGGGUGUGCCCGGGCAAGCAGGGCAGCAGAGCAGCAUCUGAGGUGGCGUUCAGCCCUCCCUCCCCGCUACAGAGCAGCCGCUGAGCCCGGCAGAACGCUGGGCUGGAAGGAAUGCCCCUUUCUUCUGUGGCUCUCCCCCAGCCCCCCCAACAGGCAGAGUUCUGGCCAGGUGGGGGUUUGCCAGGGGGCUGCCCUAGGUAGUGGCUGGUGGCUUAGAGCAACACACAACCCAGGCACCCUCCUCUGCUUGUGGGAGCACUGCCAAGCAGGAGGGCCUGGACCAGAGCAGGGAGUGCUUUCUAAUAGCCUGGGGGAUGGGCACGGGGGCCCUGAUCCUUCCCCUCCUUUGCCGCGCAGGCCUGAAUUCUUCUUGUCCUCCUUGACUGGACUGGUCACGUGUCAAGAGCAGCAGCUGCAGCCUCGCCCUCCGAACUCCGUUCCCCUUGCUGCUUAGGGGGCAAGUCCCUCAGAAAAGGGGGAGCGAGACGCCCCCCUCCUGGGACCAAACCUCUCUUCCAUGCUGUUGCCACUUAGCCUUCCGCCGAACACCUGGGGGGGCUCACGGUUUGUGACUUUUAACUGACUGGGAAGGUUCUGGCAAAAGGGCAGUGGGGGUCUGUGUCCCCCCAAAGGGCUGGGGAAAGGGAAGAUGAAAGGACCAGGCAUCCCUCUGGUCAGUCAAUAAAAAUACAGUUUAAAUUCU